AUGAUCAGUGCGGACCUCGACGAGCCUCUCCACGUGUUCGACCUGCCUCAAAUCCAUACUAAACCUUCUGGCACCGAACUUUUACGAGCUCUUGACAUCUUAGCGAUCAAACCAAAGAGUUUCGCCUCAAGUGGCCAUGAAGCGGUGAAGGCUCCAACUGUUCACCCGACCGGAGUACCACGCUAUUUGACGUCUAUCAUCUCGAGUCCCCUUUCAUGGCUAGAUACCGAUGAGCUUCGGGAAGCUGUUUGGGAUGCUGCUGCUGCUCGACUCAGCGAGCGCUCUGGGCGAACCGCGAUGCCUGCCAUGUCCCGUGUCUUCACAAUUCCCAGUCCGUCGGGCGAAGAGCUGACUCUGACCCUGCACGAACCAUCCUUGACUGCCGACAACCUAGGAAUGAAAACCUGGGUAUCCUCGUACCUUCUCUCCCAACGACUCCACUCUCUCCUCGAAUCAACCCCGCAACUCGUCCCAUCUGAGACGACGACACCCACCCCAAAGACAGACCGCACACUUCGGGCCCUAGAGCUAGGCGCUGGAACAGGUCUUGUGGGCCUUUCCUUUGCGGCCAUCCGCGGACAGUCGGCUUCGAUUCAUCUCACAGACCUCCCCGAUAUUGUUCCUAACCUUGCCCACAAUGCCGCUCUGAAUGUGGAGCUGCUUACCAACAUGGCCGCGACCGUGACGACUGGCGUGUUGGACUGGUCCGUUGCGCCCGAGCCCCUCCCCACUCAAGAGGAACAGUACGACCUGAUCCUGGCAGCUGACCCUCUGUAUUCCCCCAAGCAUCCCAAAUGCCUCGUGGAGACCAUCGGGCACUGGUUGAGCCGCGGUCUUGAUGCACGCGUGGUGACCGAAAUGCCCCUGCGAGAUGCAUACUUGCCGCAGGUACAAGAGUUCCGUGAGCGCAUGGGGCAGCUUGGUUUAGAGGCGGUUCAUGAGGGAGAGGAGAUAGGGUACGAUGACUGGGAGUCGGCAGAUGGAGGAGCGCUAGCAGUUCGAUGCUGGUGGUCCGUUUGGGGUUGGAGCGAGAAGCUCUAG